GUGGUUUAAUAAAAUAUUUGAAAUCAAAAUGGAUAAGGUAAAUUACACAUCAAUUCUCAAGCAUUUUUCAAACUCAGUCUUCUUUGGCAUCAUCAUCUAGAUUGAAGAAGAGCAAAGCCCAAAAUCCAAAAUAAGGGCAUCAAUUGAAGACUAUUUUGAGUCAGAAAAGAAGUUCUCACCGAGAAAUCAUCAAAAGAAAAAUGGAGAUGACAACCCCUUCAGUAUCGCAAAUGAAGAAGCUAAAGAAAAGUUGAAAAACACAAGUUUAAAAAUCAAUGAUAUUAAAUCCCAAUUUGAUAAUUUUGAUGAGCCUGAUUCUGGAAAUAAGAUAUCUGAAAACAAAUGCAAAAGCCAGGUGGACUCAAAGGAACAAAUCUCAAGAGUAAAAGUAAGAACCAAAGUUGAAGAAGUUUUCCCAAAGAAGCACAUAUUGAACUUGCACAAGCUCCCUUUAUUCUUUGAGACAUUUAUGGCUACAGCAUUACUGAUCAACUUAAAAUCAUUGAUGUACACUUUGUUUAUUCUUCCCAUUAGAGCUGCCUGGGGUUUCAUGUUUUCUCUCUGUGGGAAGAAAAAGAAAAAGAGAUUACGUUGCGAUCUUUAUUUCUUCAUAGUAAUUCUAGUCGUAGUCUCAAUAUUCACCUCAACCUCGAAUAUCUCUUCAAUAUACCACUGGAUCAAGGGAAAAGCGUUUAUAAAGCUGCUUACUCUCUAUGUUAUUAUGGAUUUAUCCGACGUUCUCUCCCGCUCAGUUGGAAAGGACCUAAUCUACUGUCUAGCUAGGGAUGUAUUCUACAAGAAAAACUGCGUAAAAGCCACUAUUCUCCUCUGUAUCCACACCCUAGCCCAUACCUAUAUACUGUUGUUCCAGAUGUUGACACUGAACUCAGUCUUGAAGUCGUCAGUGGACACGUUCUUCCUGUUCUUACUUUCAAAUAAUUUCACUGAGAUUAAAGUCUUUGUGUUCAAGAAGACAGAUAGCUUAAAGCUGUUCGAUAUUGCUACCAGAGAUGUAACCGAGAGGUUACAACAAUAUAUUUAUAUUUGCUACCUCUUGUUGAGUAAUUACCUGGACCAGUGGACCCUUACAGCCAUAGGGAUCUUCUGUGUUGUCGAAUUCGGAGUUGACUGGAUUAAACACUUCUUCUUUGGAAAUGAUAAUGGCCAUCAUCCUACUAUUUAUCUCUCACAUAAAGACCUGAUUUGUAGAAUAUUAAGAAACUGAUUCAACAGAAGAAUUGAAAGCGAAGGUCCAGAUGAGAAUAAACUAGAGAAGGAGCCUGAAAAAGAAGACAUUCUCAAAGAUUUGAACAUUGAAAGUAAUGAAGGAGAUUCUAAGAACCAGAAGAACUUCAUUGAUCAGUGAAAUAGAACCAAAGAUGUUCUGUGAAAAUCUCAAGCAAAGGAUAUGAUGUUAUACAGAUACACACUCAAUGAGUUUUACAAUGUAUCUCUUUUCCAAAACUUCCUCAUUCUCCCUCAGACAUGUUUGAUUUUAAGACUGUUUUUCAGCAUUAUGAGGGAGAAAGAAUUUCUAAUCGAUGAUAUCUUCAUCAUUGUAAUCCUAAUCAUCCCAUGAGGACUUAUUGCUGAAAGGCUGCUAUCGUAUCUAAUCCACUCAAUUUCAAGGACAGCUGGGAACAUAUCAUUACAUGUGUAGCAUCCAAUUCAAAUCAAUAUUGAAA